GUAGGUCCUAACAAUCAGACGUUUGUAAAGCUCAAUUCGGACCCAGUGUGUUAUGAAGCCAAGGGGAACGACUAUGGUCAAUUCAAGGCUGCCAAAGGGGGCAAACUAAGGAAGAUCAAGUUGGUUAAUUUGAAUGGCUAUGUCGCCUGUGCUGGUCCCUCUCCCAUAUUCUGGUCUCACUGGGGAUGUGGCCUAUACUCAAACAGUGGUAGCACGAAUUUCAUUAUUGUCGCCUCGACAAACGAAGGUGAUAAGAUCCUUUUCCCACCAAGCAAGUUAGGUAAAGGCUCCUUUAAUUGGGUCUUAGUUCCUGGUUACAGCUCCUAUUCGCCCGAGCUUGUCAUGUCGAUUUACGACACUCCAGUUUCCAUUAGUGCUGGUCAAAAUCUGCGCCUGUGGUAUAUUGAGGAUUUGGAUGACACGUGGGAAGGUGAUAACCAUGGAAGAGCAUGCGCUGAUAUUUACGGUGAAUUCGUGUAA